AUGGCUACCUACCUACCUCAAGGUAGAAAGGUGAGAACAGCAACCCUUCGUUUAUCGACUUUAUCACAUUCUUGGGACUUCACAUUCUUCAUGGGGCUUGCUCAACGCUCGUUUGUGAACAAAAUUGGAUACUCUGACAGAGUACUCGCUAUCGUUAGGUCUCACCGUCCUAUUAUCGUCGCGCAGCGCCCAUUGCUGCCCAAUUUCGCAGAUCCUGCCUAUUCCACGAACAGCAUGCUGAGAGUCCAGGUCCGCCAACUUCUUCCAACUUCAGGGGACGAUUUCUGGUAUGGGGGAAGUGGAGGCGUGCAAUUAGGUGACGGGAAAGACAGUGAUAAAAGAGACACUGCACCUCGAAACCCUCUUAAAGGAAUUUCUUUGGUACUGCUUAUUGAUACUUAG